GGAGCCCGGAGCUGCCGCCACCGGGGAGCCAGGUACCUUCCGCCAGACGCCGAGGGGCGAGUCCUAGUCUCUUUUCCCCGCAUUGGAAGACUUGAGCGCUUCCGUGUUUGGUCUCUGUCACCCAGGCUGGAAUGUAGUGGUGCAGUCUCAGCUCACUGGAGCCUUGACCUCCUUGGGCUCAAGCUAUCCUCCCACCUCAGCCUCUCAAAUAGCUGGGACUACAGGCAGCAAACACCUGCUCUGAGUGGCCAUGGGGAAGCGAUACUUCUGUGACUACUGCGACCGCUCCUUCCAGGACAACCUCCACAACCGCAAGAAGCACCUGAACGGGCUGCAGCACCUCAAGGCCAAGAAGGUCUGGUACGACAUGUUCCGAGAUGCAGCUGCCAUCUUGCUGGAUGAGCAGAACAAGCGGCCCUGCAGGAAGUUUCUACUGACAGGCCAGUGCGACUUUGGCUCCAACUGCAGAUUUUCCCACAUGUCAGAGCGAGACCUGCAGGAGCUGAGCAUCCAGGUGGAGGAGGAGAGGCGAGCCAGGGAGUGGCUACUAGAUGCUCCCGAGCUCCCCGAGGGCCAUCUGGAGGACUGGCUGGAGAAGAGAGCCAAGAGGCUGAGCUCAGCCCCAAGCAGCAGGGCUGAACCCAUCAGAACCACUGUCUUCCAGUACCCCGUGGGCUGGCCACCAGUCCAAGAGCUGCCCCCAUCCCUGCGGGCACCCCCACCUGGGGGGUGGCCCCUGCAGCCCAGAGUCCAGUGGGGCUGAGCCCCUUGCCCCCGACUGACCCCCACGUGGUCACUUUUCUCAUCAGUCACAAGCAGGAAGCCAAGCCCUGUUCCUGUGACGCCGCAUGGAGGCUCUGAGACCAUCUGCUGGCCUCACGGAGGCUCAGGACACGGCCGCAGCAAGGGUAGCCCUGGGUCUGCACCGGGCAGCUCCUGCCCGCUCUCCUCCACCUGCCUCCUCCUCCUCAUCAAGAUGGGGCAGAAAACUUCCAGAUGUUUAUAAAGAAAGUCUGUUGCCA